AUGGCAUCGACAAUACCGCUGCUGGACCAUGAAUCCGUCACCUUUGAAGAAGCGAAAAAUCUGGACUUCAAUGUAAUCCAUCGCCACAACCAAGUCGCACUGGCGAAGCAGCUAUAUCACGAUUUAUGGAGCCACCGGGAGUCUAUUGCGACAAUAACGAAGAAACAGCUCGGGCUGGACGCUGGAGCAGAAUGCUCCGUCGCUCUCCCUCAGGAUUGGAUUCGAGGAAAGUUCAAUGUCUGUAUUCCUAUCGAGGUGAAGUCGCGCCGACUCGGAAGAAGGGUGUUGAUGCGUUGCCCCAUGCCUUUCGCGCUCCGUGACUCGGCGUCUCUGGACGAAAAGCUGCGAGGCGAGGUCGGUGCAUACCUCUGGAUGCAGGAACACUGUCCAGAUAUUCGCAUCCCACAGCUAUAUGGAUUUAGUACUUCCAAUGGUCACUUUACUCAUGAAGCCCGACUCCCAUGGUACAUGCGCUUGCGUCGUAUCGUCUUGCGAGUCUUUCGAUCAGUAUUCCAACAUCCGGCUCUUUCAUCAUACGCCCCUAUGACUUCACCUACGACAUUGCCAACUCAGUACAUGUUGUUAGACUAUAUAGGACAAGAUGUUGGGCAAAUGCUGUCAAGUACGUGGAAUAUGCACCGGCAUGACCCGUCCCACCGGAAUCGACUGUUCCAUGGUUUAGCCCGCAUUAUGAUAUCGCUGGCCCGGAUACCACAGCCCAGAAUAGGCUCAUUUCGAUUUCACGACGACUGCACUGUAACACUGACAAAUCGACCUAGUUUUGCAGCCACUGCGCUACUGGAAAACUGGGGGGCCGAGCCGUCAAUAGAUCAUGAAGAAACGUAUUGUUCCACCGAGUCGUAUGUUGCCGACAUGAUCACAUUACAUGACAACUAUUUCUACAGCAAUGAGAGUGCAGCAGAUGACGAGCAUGACUGCCGGGCCCAGAUGGCAAUUCGUACGAUGCUUCGCACCCUCUCCCACAACUACAUUAAAAGGGAAUAUAGAAAUGGGCCGUUCCUACUUCAGCUCACCGAUCUUCAUCAAAGCAAUGUCUUCGUGGAUGAUGACUGGAAUAUCACUUGCCUUCUUGACCUAGAAUGGCUAUGCGCUCUACCUCCAGAGGCCUUGUCGGCCCCGUAUUGGUUCACGGGGCGGAGCAUUGACGGAAUUGUGGACAACCACGAAGGCCAGAACUUGACUGAAUACGACGGCAUCCGGAAAGAAUUUAUGCGCGCCUUCUCAGAAGAGGAAUCUAGAUUCAAGCUAGUCUGGCCACUCUCAAGGAUCAUGGAAGAAAUGUGGCAGUCAAAGGGUACUUGGUUUUGGCAUAGCUUAGAGUCUGUUAAUGGGGCCUACUACCUGGUGUAUGAUCACCUUGUACCACAGUUUUCAGAAACCAUAUCUGGACUGGAUAAGUCCUUUGCACUACUCUGGAGACGGAAGUCACAGCACAUUGUCGAGAAGAAGAUUUCUGAUUUCAAUGGCUAUACUCAGAAACUAGGUCGACUAUAUACUGAAUGA